ACUCAUCGAAACAUUACACCACUGUUCUUCUCUUCGAUCUCGGAUUCUCUCAAGACGAAGGAUUUUUUUUGUUCAUUCUCUCGGUUGAUUUUCUCGUGUUCUGCUAGUAAAUUUCUCUCAUUCGUAUUUUUUUUUUCCUGAAUUUCGCUCACCGGAAAAGAAAAAACAAAAAAAAUGAAGCCAGUAAUAGGCACAGUGGUAUCGAACAAGAUGCAGAAAUCUGUAGUCGUCGCCGUCGACAGACUCUUCCACAAUAAGCUCUACAAUCGCUACGUCAAGCGCACUUCCAAGUUCAUGGCUCACGACGAGAAAGACUCUUGUAACAUCGGCGAUCGAGUGAAAUUAGAUCCAUCAAGGCCUUUGAGCAAGCAUAAGCAUUGGGUUGUUGCAGAGAUCAUCAAGAAAGCUCGAAUCUAUUCUCCUCAAGCAGCCGCUGCUGCUGUUGCUGCUGCUGCAACCAGUUCCUCAGCCUCCAUUGCUGACUCUACUGCCCAGUCUCAGAUUCCUCCAUCUUCCACUUCUUAAGUUUUGCUAGGAAGGGAAAUGUGUCUCUAGAAUACACACUGGAUUUCAUGAGCUCCAAAGGAGACGGCACAAGGCGUUGUACUGAUCAAUAUAUUCCAUCAAAGUGUAUUGCUUUUGGGUGAUGUCUGUGUUAUUUGGUUUCCUGAGAUGAUUAUGAUAAUUUAGUCAAAGUUAAUGAAUAACACUGUUAGUAAACUUUGGGUUAGUGAGCUUUGAAUGUGUCAUGUGUCAUUUUGGCAAGUCUGUGCAUUGCAAUUUGAGGCAUGGAACAAUGAGUAAAAUCUCAU